ACGGCAACAAUAUGGCAACUUGACCAAAUCUGUUGGUGACUGCUGCUGUGUUGCCUGUUGGAUGCAUAGACAUUAAAACCAGUUUGAAUGUAACCUAGAACUAGCUCCACCCUCGACUAUUCAGGCUUAUUACGUGUGAGGACUAGUCCUGUUACGAGCCUGAAGCAUCUGGAAUAAGACUUUCUCCCUCCUACCUAUUCAUGAAGAAAAAUAAGACAUUGUUCUUUUUUUUUACGCAUGAAUUUAAAGACUACAGGCGCAUGCUUUACAACUCGAAACUUAUUUUCGGACGAGAUUCUACAGCCGCAUUGAUUGCAAAGGACUAAAACUAAAAACUAAAGAGGUUGGUGCUGAAUACAAAGUGACACGGUGAUCCCAUGUUUCGCUCGCAUGACUAAUUAAUAUCAGUACUCAGUCUCGCGCGCUCCUAUUUUUUCAAUAUAAACUAUGGCGUUUAGAGCGAGAGCGUUGUACGACUUUAGUUCCGAAAAUCCAGGAGAGAUAUCGAUUACUGAGAACGAAGUUGUUACUUUGUACAGCGAACAAGAUGUCGAGGGAUGGUUAGAGGGGACUAACAGCAGAGGGGAGACUGGUCUUUUUCCAGCCUCAUAUGUGGAGAUUCUCACAAAUGAUUCAUCUGACAUCUCCUCCAACAACAAUGGCAUGUCGGCAGAUCAUGGUCAAGCCGAGUUGCCAUCAAGUGGAUAUGAUUCAUCAUACCAUUCCCAGUCCCACUCUCGUGCUGAGAGCAUUACAGUCCCGAACCCUUCCCACUCUGCUUAUCCUGUGCAAACUCCACAGCACCACAGUUACCCAACCAGUCAAGGUAGCGAUGACGACUGGGAUGAUGACUGGGAUGACAGCUCGACUGUGGCGGAUGAACCUGGAACGAUACAUGACAAUGAUGGAACUAGUUCCACAGCAUACACGGUCACUACCAGUUUACCUGAGAGACGUAGCAGUGCCCAAGCCAAAAGUUCAGCCACAGUGAGUAAAAACCUCAACAGGUUUUCAACCUUUGUGAAAUCAGGUGGAGAGGCUUUUGUGUUGGGCGAGGCGGCUGCCUUUGUCAAGGACGGGGACAAGAUCUGUGUUGUCAUGGGCCAGUAUGGGCCAGAGUGGCAAGAAGACCCAUAUCCAUUUGCCUGCUCUAUCGAUGACCCCACCAAACAGACUAAAUUCAAAGGCAUGAAGAGUUACAUGUCAUACAGACUAACUCCCUCUCAUACCCAGAGCCAGGUGAAUAGAAGGUACAAGCACUUUGACUGGCUCUAUGCCCGCCUAGUGGAACGAUUCCCUGUCAUAUCAGUCCCCCAUCUGCCCGAGAAACAGGCCACGGGGCGCUUCGAACAGGACUUUGUCUCCAAGCGCAGAAAAGGUUUAAUAUGGUGGAUGAAUCACAUGACGAGCCAUCCUGUCCUGGCCAGGUGUGACGUCUUCCAGCACUUCCUCACCUGCCCCAGCACAGACGAGAAGACGUGGAAGAUGGGCAAGCGAAAGGCGGAGAAGGAUGAGUUGACUGGCGCUAACUUCUUCCUGACCAUCUCCACCCCGGCCGUUCCACUGGACCUACAGGAGGUGGAGAGCAAAAUAGACGGUUUCAAAGCCUUCACCAAGAAGAUGGAUGAGAAUUGUCUGUUAGUCAACGCUACCAUCAACGAGUUCGCCAGGAAGCAGAUCACCGGCUUCAAGAAAGAGUAUCAGAAAGUGGGCCAGUCCUUCAAACUGCUGGGCCAAGCCUUUGAGAUGGACCAACAGGCCUAUUCCGUAGGACUGAACCGUGCCAUAGCAUUCACAGGAGAGGCCUACGAGGUUAUAGGAGACUACUUUGCCGAGCAGCCCAGACAGGAUUUGGACCCCAUAUCGGACCUGCUGGACCUGUACAAGGGACACCUGGCCAACUACCCUGAUAUCAUCCAUGUUCAGAAAGGUGCCCUUACCAAAGUGAAGGAGUGCCAGAAGCAGGAAGGGGAGGGAUCAACCAUCAACGAGCGUUGUAACAUCAUUUCCUGCGCCACGCUGGCUGAGAUCCAGCACUUCCACCGUACGCGCGUACGUGACUUCAAGAGCCAGAUGCAACAUCACCUCCAGCAGCAGAUCAGCUUCUUCCAGAAGAUCACUGGGAAGUUAGAGGAGGCACUGCAGAAGUACGACGAAUACAUAAUAUAAGGGACCUGAGGAAAGGAGGGUGGCUACAGAGGGAUGGAGAGAGGAUGGUGGGGACAGAGGGAGAGAGAGGAGGGAGAGAAAGAAAGAUGGCUAGAGAUGAUAAAUAAAGUGCCCGGAGGAGAUGGGGCACUUGAAUGACUUGUUCAGUUCUCCGUGACCAGAUUAUUCAUCCAUUCUACAGUCGGAAGUGAGUGGAUCUAUGCAGGUGAUGCAGUGACGGAUGGAGGAAAAUGGGGUAGAAAGAUACUGAAGACACUCCUUCGUUGACGUUGUUGUCCGCAAAACCUGAUCGCGUAGUCUAGCUUGACGGGAUAUGUUAAGUCAUCACAUACAAGACGUGUCACUUCAUGAAAUGAGUGGGAUGUCUUCCAUAAGGAACUGUAUAGAAUUGCAAAGACAUCUUUUAAAAUACAUGUUUAACCUGUUGCAUUGAAUCCCCCUUAUUUGCCUUUUUCUCUGAACAAAUGUAACAAUUUCAGUUUCAUGGCAAAUAUGAAUGACGUGUGUGUGUGUGUGUGUGUGUGUGUGUGUGUGUGUGUGUGUGUGUGUGUGUGUGUGUGUGUGUGUGUGUGUGUGUGUAUCUUAUCAUAGAGGGGGCAACCAAGGGGGGGUUGGUAUUUCAAUAUUCUGUUGUAGUUUCUGAACCUCAUUAUUUGAGACCUCCCAGAGAGCUCUGUGCAAGGAACAAGCUUUAAGAUUGUAGAACACUGGAGAAGAACAGAACACCUGAUUUUCUAUUCCUUCUUAUUGUUCCCAAUGGAGAGGGAGGAGGGAGGCACAAAUAACUCAGCCAGAAUAAUACUGCAAAUGAUGUCUCUGUGGGAUUCCCUGGUGUCGAAGGACAUUGUUGAAAUUAAAUCCUUCCUCCUACACAUGUACUCUGCAUGUGAAUUUGACGAUUGAAGGACCAUUGAUUGGUAUCCUCCCAAAACACAGUUGUCGGAUGACAGCCAAAAGUCUAAUGCAUGUAAGUUAUUUUACCCGGUUGAUUAGGGUAGUGCUAGAUGGCUUGACACACAUCGCCCCUGAACAGCCUAAUACAUGUAGAAGGGACCUUUAUCACAGUAUAUUCACUUGAUCACACAAGGAACACUGUGUAGUCCUUUUUCUCAUGUUUGCCUGGUCUACAUUUAGCAGACAGCAUGGCUGCAAUUCAGGUACUACUACCAGGCCCACUGUUAUUGAUAUAGGACACCAUCUCUUCUCCUCUCCCAAUAGGUCAAGUUACUCCACCUCCAAUGCGUCCAUUAUUUAGACCAGAUUCCUUUUCCACUAGCUCUGGGUCAAGUUACAUCUGAAACACUUGAAGGGAAUUUAAAUGGUUUGUUGUUCUUGUUAACAUACAGCUAUCUUGCUGAACUGGGUUUGUUGUGUUUGCUCACCCAUGUCCAGUGCUUGACUCGGGAUGAAAGAAGUGCAGGAGCUGUCUUUUCCCAAGUCCAUCCAUUAGAUUAUGUUUACCGAAGUUCAGUGGUGUAAAGUACUUAAGUGAAAAUAUUUUUAAGUACUACUUAAGUUGUUUUUUGGGGUAUCUGUACUUUACUAUUUACAUUUUUGACAAAUUUUACUCCAUUACAUUCCUAAAGAAAAAAAUGUACAUUAAAAAUUACAUUAUUUUCUUGAGGAAUGUAGUUGAAGUAAAAGUUGUCAAAAAUGUAAAUAGUAAAGUAUUAUGUAAUGAAUGUAUUGUAAAGUAUAACUGCCUUCAUUUUACCGGACCCCAGGAAGAGUGGAUCUAUAAUAAAUACUGACAAGGUAAAAAUAUGUCGUUCUGCCCCUGAACAAGGCAGUUAACCCACUGUUCCCCGGGCGCCAAAGACGUAGAUGUCGAUUAAGACAGCCCCCCCCCCCCCCUCUCUGAUUCAGAGGGGUUGGGUUAAAUGCGGAAGAUACAUUUCAGUUGAAAGCAUUCAGUUGUACAACUGACUAGGUAGCCCCUUUUCCUUUCCCUACAGUAUAUAAGGUUCCACAGUUGACAGUCAGAGCAAAAACCAAGCCAUGAGGUCGAAGGAAUUGUCCGUAGAGCUCCGAGACAGGAUUAUGUUGAGGCACAGAUCUGGGGAAGGGUACCAAAACAUUUCUGCAGCAUUGAAGGUCCCCAAGAACACAGUGGCCUCCAUCACCAAGCCUCUCCCUAGAGCUGUGGGCCCGGCCAAACUGAGCAAUCGGGGGAGAAGGGUCUUGGUCAAGGAAGUGACCAAGAACCCGAUGGUCACUUUGACAGAGCUCUAAAGUUCCUCUGUGGAGAUGGGAGAAACUUCCAGAAGGACAACCAUCUCUGCAGCACUCCACCAAUCAGGCCUUUAAGGUAGAGGGGCCAGAUGGAAGCCACUCCUCAGUAAAAGGCACAUGACAGCCCGCUUGGAGUUUGCCAAAAGGCACCUAAACUCUCAGACUAUGAGAAACAAGAUUCUCUGUUCUGAUGAAACCAAGAUUGAACUCUUUGGCCUGAAUGCCAAGCGUCACUUCUGGAGGAAACCUGACACCAUCUCUACGGUGAAGCAUGGGGGUGGUUGCAUCAUGCUGUGGUGAUGUUUUUCAGUGGCAGGGACUGGGAGACUAGUCAGGAUCGAGGCAAAGAUGAACGGAGCAAAGUACAGAGAGAUCCUUGAUGAAAACCUGCUCCAGAGUGCUCAGGACCUCAGACUGGGGCGAAGGUUCACCUUCCAAUAGGACAAUAACCAUAAACACACAGUCAAGACAAUACAUGAGUGGCUUUGGGACACAUCUCUGAAUGUCCUUGAGUGGCCCUGACAGAGCCCGGACUUGAACCCGAUCGAAUAUCUCUGGAGAGGCCUGAAAAUAGCAGCAACGCUCCCCUUCCAACCUGACAGAGCAUGAGAGGAUCUGCAGAGAAAAAUUUGUUAAAGUCCAGGCUCUGGGCUGGUGAUGGGCUACUUUGUUUUAUAGAGGGAAACAGUCAUCCUCCAGAUCCCUAUUCAAGUCUAUCCUCAUGGAAGUUCACAUUCACAAACACCUGGGUGGGUUAAGUUAGUCCGGAAAAGCAGCAACCAAACAGCUUUUGGUCAUACGCUCUCUCUCUCAGAGCAAAGUUCACAGCACAACCAGCUGAUUCAGUCAUGACUCAUUGCUACACAGGCUGGUUGUUCCUCUCUCUCAGAAGGACUGCAUGUUUGAGAUCGACUACAUUGCAGUCCGGCUGUGAAGGGUGUUUCUAAAUGUGAAAUUCAGACUAUUAUAGACUAUCUUCUGAACUGUGCAGCCAAACUGCAAUGGCAUCAAUGUCAAACACACGGUCUCUCUAUACAGUUGGAGGGAUUUCCGCUACCAUCAUACCUGUUUAAUUAUUAAUGUGAUCCGAACUUACAGUUUAUGUAAUGUCCACAGUCCACAAUCAUUGAAGACUGUUUUGUGGCGACACCUUUUUGAAGUUACUGUUCAUGCUCACAAAGAAGUAUAAGUCCAUUCAUUACCCAGAACAAAGGAAGACAUUUCAUUUCCACUGGCUGGGGCUCUUGGGUUGUCCCUCUCUGUGGAAACAGACUAAGCCUGUUAGAACUUGAUUUAAAUAAUAUUCCUAACUGUAAAAUAAAACAAAAUGGGCCCGAUGUCCUUUCUGAUAGUAA